UUUGAGGCAGUCUUUGGCUACACUUCGCAUUGAACGUAUCGCGGAUAUGUUGCGUUGCCUCGCGUUGCGUACAACAUCAACAACAUCAUAAUCAUCAAAUUCUCCAAUUGAUGUAUUGCAAGCAAAGAAAACAAAAACAAAAAUUUACAAAAAAAUAUUUAAUUCCAUAGAUUUUAAUAAGAAAGCAAAUAAAAGUGUAAAGUGUUGUGUUUUCAAGUGUCGCUCGAACAGUGUGUGUCCUGUGUGCAACUGUAACUAACCGUUAUUGCUCUUAUACACUGCUGUUACGGCAUAUAAUUUCUAUAAAAAAAAUCGCCCACGGAUUUCGGUACGGAUACGCGCUGAACGCCACACACAUUAAAGUAACUCUGUGCGCUAACGCGGAUGUGUUUUGCAAUUGAAAACUUACAAAAUCUGUAAAUUGUCUUAAAGCGGCAAGCGUACGGUUAGUUGAACGCCUACGGUCGGUCGUUUGGUCGGUCAGUCGGUCGCAGGGUCGUUGGACGGUCGUUGGCUUACAGACGUUGCUCGUCGUUGGUGCCUGCAUCCUUGCGUCUACAGCGCCACCCCAACUCUCUCACCCCCCCUCCCCACAACCCGCGCUGUUUAUGCCGCACACCGCUUGCGCAAUGCGCCACCUUGCCGGCUGGUGCAUUUAGGCCGGUCGCUCGAUGCAGGAGCCUGCAAAGCAGCACUUGCUGUCAGCCAAGCGCCCAGCCGCCCACCGCCACCCAACCAGCGACCAGCUGCCCGGCUUUCCAGCUGCGUCGCGCCUGCAAACAACGCGCACGAAGUCGCCGUCGUUGUUGUCGUAGUCGUAGUCGUGUCGGCACUCAUCGUUCGCCACGCACCAACACACAGAUGCACACGUCAACACACACAUACGCGCGCGCGCACACAAACUCUCGAGCAAUGCAUUCGGACUGCAUAAGCUGCAUUGCAGCAGUUAGCAGCAGCAGCAGUGGCAACAACAACAACGCAACGUUAGAAUAGAAACAGAAACGCUGCAAUACGGCGCUGCAGUGACGGAAGUGACGUAAUUUCCGAAACAGGAAGCAGCAACAUAGCGCUACAGUGAGCGAGUGAACGAGCGCACGAACAAACGCACAGACAAUUUCAAUGGCCAACAACAGCAGUGUCGUGCUGCUGCUGCUGGCGAACGUUCAGCAACUAAAAACUAGGAGGAGGCGAAAAACUGUGAAUGGCAAAAAUUGAAGAAAAAAUGUGCAGAUUUUUUAAAUAAAAAUAUGAGUUCAAAACGAAAAUGAAUAAAUAUGCAAAGAAAAAUAUGAAAAAUAAUCGUAAAUCAAGUAAAUAGCAACGCGUGUGCGUCUCCAAACCAAAAAAUAAUAAUAAUAGUAAUUCUGUGCAUAAAAUAUGAUUUUUGAAAAAAUGAAGAGCAUAUCAGUAAAAACCUACAUAUUUCUUCUUCUGCGAAAAUAUUGAAAAAAGCAAACACCCAUUGAAACCAAAAUAUUUACAUGUGUGCCGAAAAGCAAGCGAAAACAAAACAGCAUGAAAAGUGCAGUGCUUAUCUCAGUGCAAAAUUGUGUGAAUUUAAUCAUUAAGAAAACAGUUGAAAAGCCAGCCAGAUAUUUCGAUCCAAUGAAGCGCCGCAAAGCCGCUAAUGAAGCGCGCUAGUCGAGUACGUUGCAUGGCGAUGGAUAUGCGUUUGAGUAUUACAGCUGUGUGGUGGUAGUAGUUGGGCGUUGAGCGGAGCAAGCCUAUACAUACAACAUAAACACACACACAAAUAUGUAUGUGUGGCUAGAAAAAAGUUAUAUAAAUAAAAAAGCGAAGCAAAAUAAGUUUCCCGGGGAGUGAAUUACGAAAGAGCGACCUCACCAACAAAUAACAGCGUAAAAGUAAAUUUAUUAAUUAAAACCAACAACAACAACAACGUUUAUGUAUGAAUCUCUGGCAACGCAGAACAAAAACCACAAAUUGUGUGCAACAACAACAGCAAAAGUGUAAUAUUUAAAAUAAAAAACGCAACAAUAGUAAUAAACAACAAAUGCAAAAAUAAAUAAAUAAAAAGCAACAACAACAACAACCAUAAAAGUUGAAAUGGACUCGUCGCCGCAAUUGUAUAAAAUAAAUUCCAAAUGUCUUCCGGAAUAAAUUGUCGUGAAAUUUUCGUAUUUUUGGAAAUCUUAAUUUGGAACCAAAGGGAUCAUCAGAAGAAGAGAAAUCAUAGUCAACAACAGCAGCAGCGACACAGCAACAAUAAUAAUGAUAGUGACCAGCAACAAAAGCAACAGCAGCAACAACAACAACACAACAACGCAGUGAAAGUGUUAAAGUGUAAAACUAAUAAUAAUACCAACAACAACAACAAUAAUAAUAACAUACACCAAAUCUACAGCAACAAUAGCAGCAAUAGCAGUAACAACAGCAACAACAGCGGUGUCGUUAACGGUAGUCAAAGUAGCAGCAGCAGCAACAGUAACAACAACAACAACUGCAGCAACAAUAACAAAAGCCAAAAAAUCAACAAUUACACGCAUAGUGCUGGUCAUCGUCAGCAACAACAACAAACGCAUUUACAAUAUUUCCAACAACAGCAGCUGAACAACGCCAAAUGUAAUAACAUCAACAACGGUAACAACAAAAGCAACAGCAAUACGCAUUCGAACCACUUGAAAUUGUUGCAAAAUCAAAUGAAAAUCGCACGCAAAGUCUGCACCAGCAGCGGCCAACAGUAACAACAACGCGCUUGAAGGGAAAAGAAAUUUCACAAAAUCCAAAGAGGAAAUAAAAUUCAGAAAUUUCUACGAAAGAAAUUCCGCAAACUGCUGCGCGAGUUGGCACCUAGACGCCAAACACAACCACACACACACACAAGUGUUAAAGUGUAAGCGUGUGUGUGUGUGCUGCUGAGAGCGGAGCAAUCAAAAGAGAAAUUCGAAAAAAACUAUAAAACGCUUUGUUGUUGGCUUAGAGACGAUGUUCAACACAACAAAAGCGCAAAGCUAAAUUUAAUGAUUUUUAUAUAAAAAAAAAUGAUUUUUAUAAGAAAAAAAUUUUGAUGAUUUAAAAAAAAAAUUAAUGAUUUUAUAAUUUAAUUUACAUGCGCGUAUAAGUCGACGGGCAAAAACAACAACAAAAGCAACUACGUAUGAGUAGCGCGCAGCGAGUGUUUUGUUGAAUGCAUAAACUAUUGGGGAAAAGCUGAUUACGAAACGAUUUGAGUUGGCAUUUUUUUACCGUUUGUUGGAAAUUGUUUGAAAAUUGUCUGUUUCAAACAAUUCGCUAAUUGUUCGAACAAGUGUCUUAGCAUAAAAAGAAAUAAUAGUUGAAUAAAAAGUUAAAUAAUCUACACACACAUAUAUAAACUAUAUAUACAAAUACAAGCAAAUACAUAUAUAUAUAUAAUAUAUAUAUACAAUAUAUAUAAGUUGAAAUUGAAGAACUAUUAAUUAGUAAAUAACCAGCAAAUAGUACCUUUUCAUAAAAAAAAAAUAAACAUUAACAAAUAUAUAUACGAAAAAGCAGUAAAAGCAACAGCAACAACAACAGCAAAAUUAACAACAACGUUUAACUUAUACAAGCAUAAAAUAAUUAAAAUUAAAUUCGAGCAAAAAUUUAUAUAAAAUAGCAGAGCAAAUAGCGGCAUCAUUUAAAAAACAACAACAAAACUGUGAUACUAAUAUUUCACAUUUACAUACAUACAUAUAUAUACAUAGCAGUUGAAAACGAGAAAAAAGGAUAAAAAUUAUUAGCAAACGUGUUGGCGAGAGGAAAUAGUAAAUUGCGUAACUGCAGCCAACAACAACAACCACUUUAAAAAUCAACACACAUAAAAAGUUGAACAAUAACAACAACAUAUUUAACAACAAAUCAAUAAAUAAGCAACAAAACAGUUUGAAACUUUAAAAUAGUAAUAAAAACAAGUACCGUAAAUCCUUACAAAUUUAUAUACACACCCUUACUUAUAUAUGCACAUAUAGUACAUACAUAUGUCUUAAGUAAUAAAGCAUUUUGUACACUUGGAAAAUCGUAAAAGAAAGCAUUUUGUUAAAUAAAAAACUUUUUCAAAAACUCUUGAAAAAACGCUAAGGUACUUGAAGUAAUUACGGAACGCUUACAAAUAAUUACAUUCAAAACUUAACAAAGUAACUAAAAAUUUAAAAUAAAAAUUAAAACAAAAUUAUUUUUCA